UUUUGCUUUAAAUGAAUAAAAUACAUAUAAUAUAUGAUUGUAUUCUCAAACUUUUGCAGUGAAUUUACAUGAACUUCAAAGCAAAUAGUUAAUAAAAAAAAACUUUAUUAAAUGAACACAGAGACGACCAAACAGCACAAUAAUAAUAUGUGGUUAGCACAAAUUACUACCCAGCACGUUUACAACCAGAAACAAUUUGCAUGCAUGUUUAAGAAGCCAAAACUUCACAACUGGCAGGUACUUUGACUCGGUGAGCGUUUUUAGAGCCAUGCAGAUGUUAAAUAAACAAAUAGUUCGGCCACAAACGGAACAUUUAGCUAAGAUACUUUCACAUAUUUCGAGGCAAGUCCAGCAUUAGCAGUUAGUCUCCGCCCCUCUUCUUCGUGAACACUACUAGCUGGAACAAAACUUGGAAGAUACGAGUCGUCAGGUUCAACGUUUUAGCUGAUACACAAAAGUGAAAUUUUGACGUCCUUUAAAGUCUGAACGACAGCAGGUAUGGAUAUUUCUGAGGGACUCUGGGGAUUUGCAGGAACACCAUCACGUCGGGGCUCCAUUAAUCGUGGGCUCACUCUUCCCGCUAUUUUGUAGCCUAGCUAGCAAUGCUAACUGCUCGGCUAGCUGCUGAUAAUUACUAGUCCGUUUGCUGGGAAGAGGCCGCCCACUUUCCAGCCAGAAACCCCUGUGGUAUGGUACUUUACACACAUGCGAAGCGGACUCAUUCGUCUCGGGAAACGGUUGUACAUAAUUGGAAAACAAGAGAGAGAUGCGCUGUUUUCAGGAGUAAUACGCUGCUAGGAUAAAAGCUAACUGGAAAAGGCUGCUUCCGACAACCAUCGACCCCACGCACACACACGAAGUAGGUGCCCCGUCCUCGAGUGAUAAAAGGCUCCUCCGUCGACUUUUCAAAUGUAUCGGUCGAGCAUGAACCGAUCAUCGGUGACAUCGUAACCCAUCUCCCGGGCUCUUUCCUGCCAACAUUCGCACUGUUGUUGUGCUGUCCGUCGAGAUGCCCUCGGAAGUCUUGCAUCGCUGUGGAGCUUAGCCAGGAUUUCCGGCUCCUUUCCAUUUGCCCUAUGCUGUUUUGUUUCCGUUUAUUCUAUUUCCGUUUCAAAAGUUUUCUACGUGUAGAGUUUAAACCGGGCACAAAACAAUGGUUUUUUUAGGUAACGACGCACCGCGCUUUUUGGGGCGGGAUAUUUUCAUCGUUGUUCGGCGCGCGGGCUCCGGCGGUUGUGUAAUGCACUCCCGUCGCCCCGUAAAAAGCAAAUCUGUAGCUAAAUUUGUUCAGCGCGUGCGUCCUUUACGACAAUAAAACCUGUAUGUUGGUGCAUAAUUAAAAAGUUUUGUGUUUUUUUGCCACGACUAAAUGGAACUCGCAGGAAGUUAUGGACAGUAUUUCGUCAAGCCUGGCCUUUUAAAACGCGCGAGCCUCGCCCUCGAGUUGGCUAACGUUAGCUGACACUGAAGUGUCCCGAACGGCCAAUGAGAAAUCGAGGCUCAGGGGCCUGACGAUGCUUCACCAGGCUCCACCAUAGAAAUGUAAACAUCCCAAGAAGUUAUAACUGCUUUAAAAAAUCCUCAAUUUCAACACCAAUGAACACCUACUUAGAACUUGUGAUGCACGUUUUAGCUUAGUUGGAUUUAGCUUCUAUGAAACCAUGACAUUUUAGUGAGGAUGUGAUGACAAUUGACACUAAUAAAUGUUGUUUUGUUUUGGAUAAAAAUAAAUAUUAAAACCUAUAAACCAAUUGAAAAUUGCGGGGUUUUUUUUCUAAAGUAGGGAAAACGUGUUUUUGUUUCAUUUUGUUUAGAAAUCAAUAUUGGUGCCCCUUUGUUAUGCUAAUGUGUGUGGACACCCACUCUGAUAUAAAUGAUGUUCUUGUGGCAUUUUUCUGUCGGGGGACAUUUAUAAGGACAAUUGGGCUCAAAAUUGCAUUUCUUGGUAUUUCUUUAUUCAAAUCAUUGUCGAUCAAGUGCAGACAAAUAAAAAACUGUUGGAACAAGAGCUUCUUUGUGGUGUGGAAAGUACGCUGGGCGGCCCACAAGCUCCCUGGUCCUACUCUACACAAAUAGAUUCAUGGCUUUGUUUUCCUCGUCUGAGCUGACUUCUGGCUCCAAACUACACAGCUGGAUGGCUCCAAUAUCGCUCGCCGUUUUUGUUGCACCAGUAAAGUCAGUUUAGGGGUGUGAGGGGCUGUAAACAGAGAGCUCCCAGUUAUGGUUAACGGGAAGAGGGAGUGGGGUUGCUCUGCCUGUGCCUAUGGUCUCGCCUACAAGCCAGAGGCAAAUUUCUAAUGAAUUACUGCCCCUCUGGAGAAACUAGAAAACAACACUGGUUUCUUGAUUUCCAUAUAGUCACUUUUUUUUUAUAAACCACUCCUUUUCAAAUGGCUUCAAAGAUGAUCCGAGGGGCACCCUGCAGUGGGAUUGGUGCACAAAAACCUUGGGCUCCUAGAAAGGCGCCUAACAUAUAAAAUGUAUUAUUUAAAAGCAGAGUGGAUAACAACUUUUUAUGGAUACAAUCCAGCUGUUUUAGGUUAUUCUAAUUUUAUCAUGUAAAAGAAAAUGUGUCACAUUUAAUCUUAUCCAACUGAAAAAGAAAAACCUUUACAGCUCGACUUUAUUUCCAAUUGAAUAACUGUGUUUUGUUUUUCCUUAGUGUUGACACAAAAAUGUCAUUUUCUGUUGAAGUUGUGUUUUUUUUAGCAAAAUGGCUAAAAGUGAGGCAGAGGAGCUAAUAGAGAUCGAAAUAGACGAACGGGAGAAACAAGCAUGUUUGGAGGAAAGUGUGGAGGAACAAACCAUCACUGCAUCUGAUCUGAUUCAACAAGAUAUUGACAUCAAUGAGCCAGUUGGAAAUUUAAAGAAGCUUUUGGAGCCUCGCAUCCAAAUCUCACUGGAUGCUUUUGACAUCUGCUUGCAGGACAUUCUGCUCCAUCCAGAUCACAGUCUCUUUGAUCAGGGCGUGAAGACCGACGGCACAGUGCAGCUCAGUUUGCAGAUUAUUACAAAGCCAGGAGAGGAGAAGCUGAACAUCUUGGAAAUCGUGAAGCCUGUGGAAACGGUGGAGGUGGUGAUCGACCCAGAUGCAGCAGGAGAGGAAGGGACGAUGGUGGAGGAGGGUCAGCUCAUCGCCGUCGACAGGUCCUCCCUGUCGGACGAGACAUCCGAGCAGGUCACACGCUGGGCUGCAGCACUGGAGGGCUACCGCAAGGAGCAGGUCCGCCUCGGCAUACCAUACGACCCCGUGCUGUGGACAGCAGAUCAGGUGAUCCACUGGGCUGUGUGGGUAAUGAAGGAGUUUAACAUCGAUGAGAUGGAAAUCGGCAGCAUUCACAUUCCGGGACAAGAUCUCUGCAGUUUCAGCCAAGAAGAGUUCCUCCAGAAAGUACCAAACGGAGAGAUUCUGUGGAGCCACCUGGAGCUCCUGCGCAAAUACGUGUUGGCCAGUCAAGACCAGUCUGGAGCUGAUGCCACUGUGACCAUUGAUCAACCUGUACAGAUAAUCCCCGCUCAAGUGAGCACCCCCACCGCAAUAAAGGUCCUGAAGCAGAACCGCGGCCCCAGAGCGCCACGCAUUUCAGGGGAAGAACGCAGUUCCCCUGGCAACCGCACAGGCAACAACGGUCAGAUCCAGCUGUGGCAGUUCCUCCUGGAGCUGCUGACGGACAAAGACGCCAGAGACUGCAUCUCCUGGGUCGGGGAGGAGGGCGAGUUCAAGCUCAACCAGCCUGAGCUCGUAGCUCAGAAAUGGGGGCAGCGCAAGAACAAGCCCACCAUGAACUACGAGAAGCUCAGCCGGGCCCUCAGGUAUUACUACGACGGAGACAUGAUCUGCAAGGUCCAGGGCAAGCGAUUCGUCUACAAGUUUGUGUGCGACUUACGGACUCUGAUCGGCUACAGCGCGGCCGAGCUCAACAACCUGGUGACGGAGUGCGAGCAGAAGAAAGUGGCGCGCCUGCAGAUGCACGGCAUCGGGCAGCCCAUCACCACGGUGACCCUGGCCACAGCGACGCUGGACAAGGACAGCUGAGAAGAGGUUCCAGACGCUGCUCCACAGCUCCCUCCACCCAAACGUGUCGGUCUGGACACAAAAACUGCACGGCUGACUCCCCGCUCGCCAAGGGGAACAGUUUAUUCUUUUUAGAACCAUCUUUGUAGUUUCCAGUCAGCUGAAAACUCGGACUGGGGUUUUUUCAGCUUGUCUGUAAAUCUACCCAGAAGGCCGUUGGGCGCGUGGUGUGCCGACGUGACUGAAACAGUUUCUAUUGUAGAACAGAAAGAAGACUUUUCACUGUACAUACUGAUAAUCUGUGUUUUUCAUAGCCACAGGGGCUCGUGUAUUUUCAUAUUUUCCCAUUUCUAGAGAAUUCCUUUUUGUAUUUUAUUCCCCAAAUCUCCCCUUUUUCUGCCCGCCCCAGGAGGGGGAAAUAAAUCGAUUCACUUUGUUUUUCUAAA